CAGCAUUAUUUGAUCAAGAAGAAACUAAAUCAUCCUCCCGAGGUUCUAUUUGAAGUUGUUUCGGAUGUUUCUUCUUAUCAGGAAUUUGUCCCAUACUGCAAAAAGUCCUUUAUCUCGAAAACAGAUUCAGAUAAUUUGGAUUUGCCAACUGAAGCUGGUUUAAGAGUGGGCUUUAAACAAUUCGACGAAACCUUUGUUUGCAAAUUAAAUUGCUCCAAUGAUUCCAAUAAAAGAAUCGUUAUAGCUGAGAGCUUAUCCCAUUCCUUGUUUGAUAAUUUGUAUACAAAAUGGAUAAUACUAAACGACCCUACAAACAAUUCAAACAAAUGCGAAAUCAAUUUAAUUCUAGAAUAUAAAUUCAAAAAUAAUAUUUAUAAUAUGGUUAGCAAACUUUUUGCACAAUCUGUCACUCAGAUAAUGCUUAGAGCUUUUAAUAAUAGAGCU